AUGUCGGUAUUUUUCAAUCAGGCGGCAGCAGCCGUGUCGCAGCUGGAGCUGCGCCAGCUGCUCGUCACGUGCGCAUUUCACGCGAAGGGCAUGACACCGCAGGAAGCAGCACGUUUUUGCUUUUUUUCGCUUCGCCGUGACAUGGAGCAGGCCAUCACACUGGACGACGUGGUCUUUAUACUUGAGCACGCGCUCCUUGGCAGGACGGUAGAUAUGCCCGAGUGGGAGGUGCGGCGGCGUGUGGUGGACAUCUUUGGUGACGCCAACUAUGUUAUGUUUGAUGACUUUGUGCGAUACUUCAUUCAGAACUAUGCCAUGUGGUACGCCUUUGGGGUACCCGUCACAACAGGCGAUGAACGACCAGCAGCUGCUGCUGCAGCGGCAGUGGCGGCGGGGGCAUCAUCGCGCCUCAACCCGACGACUCAGAUAACGGCUGAAAAUGCCACCGACACCGUUCGUUCAACAACAGGAACAAUAGCAGCAGCAGCAGCGGCACCGACAGGACCGAUGUCAUCGACCACCACGGCCACGGCGGUGUCACAUGAUGAGAGCGUGUGGCGUCGAUUUGUCGCUCGAGUUCAGCAUAGUAACAAAGCAUUCAGUGUAACAGCGCACGUGAACGACACCAUUGCGGAUGUGAUGGUUAUGGUGCAGAACAGUACCGGGAUACGUGCGGCCUGCCAGGAGUGGCGGGCGAGGGGCGUGCUGCUUGACCCAAAGUGCACAUUGGGAUCGACGGAGCUCGGCCUCGUCCGUAGUGAGGCGGACGCAACGCCAGAGGUGACGAUCAUCGCGCGUGACGAAGCGGUGCGGCUGGUGAUGGUGUAUAGAGACAAGGGCUUCCGCUGGGAUCUGCGCAUGCCCGCCAGCGAGAAGGUGCUGAAGCUCCGGGCGUUGGUGCAGCAGAAGACGAUGAUACCGCUGACGCGUUGUGUGUUGCGGGCCCGUGGUGCAUGCCUGAUGGAUCGCCACCCGCUGCUGCACUACCAUCUGCAGGACGGCGAUGUCGUUGAUAUCACGCAGGAGUAA